AUGCCAUCUCAUAUUGCCUUUCUCAUUGUCGUCACUGCCGUGAGAACUAAUAGCAUAUGCUCAUACAAUCACGCCAAAUACAAACUUACUGAACAAACAUCUCGUACUAUUAGGUGGAAAUAUUUUUUUCCUACUGAUUCUCCAUCUCAAUUGUUCGCUUCCGUUUUUGUUCUUGUUAAUUGUAACCCGAAACAAACCAAAGAGUUCAUUCAUUUUGGCGUCGAAACCGUUGAAUAUAAUGCUGUCACUGGGUCCUCAAAUAUUAAAAUGGAAAUGAUCAUUCUUUAUCUGUCCCAGACCACAAGAUUUAAACAUUUGGGUACUUCAGGAUCAAAUAUUAAAGUAGGAAAUACUUACCUCGUAUCGGGUCUCCUUAAAUUCUCCGAUUCUGGCAAAAUAAUGAUCGAGGCCUCUGACAUCGAUUUUUCGAAGUUACCUCCUUUAAAUCUUAUAGUUCACGAAAUUUCUUCCUCUACGUCGUCAACUACUCACUCUAUUAUCGAUAUUAUUGCAGAUGAUAUUGAUUCUAACAUUGACAAAUCAUCUACAAAACCUUCUUCUAUUAAGCAUGAUAACAUCCCCGCUUCUAGUUCCUCCGCAACGUUAUCUGCUUCAACUACUGCUAAUAUUGAAACUAAUUCAUCGUUUGAAAAGAAUAAUUACAUUGACUUAAAUGCAGAGGAUGACGACUGUGAAUGUGAUUCUGAACAUAAAUACGAUGAGAAUGAAGAUUCAGAAAAUGAUCAACCUAAGAAGAGGAAAAGGAAGCCUGAUUUUUUGGAUCAUGGGUGCUGA